GGGAGAGAGAGAGAGAGAAAAAAAGGGGACCGGAGAGAGACGAGAGAGGCACGGUAGUUCGUUGUUGGAUUUUUACAAGUUUGUGCAGCAAAAGUUUGGCCAUUAUUCGGAUUAUCUGAUAGAUUAUCUGCAAGACAACAAGUUGUGCUCCAGGUGAGUGGAUUAAAAAUAAUUGUAAUGUGAACAAUACAAGGUGGAGAAAAACCUGAGGAAUGUGACUCAAGAGAUUAGAAUUUCAAUAGAAAUUUUCACAGCAUCAAUGGAUUCUCUGGACUUAGUGAGCCCAUACCUGUUCAAGCACAAAAGGAGGAACUUUUUGGUCAAGGACACAUUGCGACCCAGUGACCUUGAUGCGCUCCAGCACAUUGAGAUCCGUCCGACUGAUGUCUUCCUUAUCACAUACCCCAAGUCUGGCACAGUAUGGAUGCAGCAGAUCUUGGUGCAGAUCAUGGAUGCUGCCCACCCUGAACAGGCAGAGGACGGCCACAAUCGGACACGAGUUCCUUGGCUGGAGGAAAGAACUGCAGACAACCCUCUCCGGGAGAGGCCAGACCCGCGAAUCUUCGGCACACAUCUCCCCGCUGACAUGUUGCCUCUUGGAGUGAAAGCCGAGCAAAGCAAGGCAGUGUAUGUCUGGAGGAACCCGAAGGAUAUCCUGGUGUCCUUGUAUCACUUUGCUCACACUUGGGCCUUGCUGGAAACACCUAAAAGCUUUGAGGGUUUCUUUCAGCAGUUCCUGGAUGGUGAAGUGUACAUGGGAUCAUGGUUCAAUCAUGUGCAAGAGUAUUUUGCAGCACAGAACCAGCUGAAUAUCCAUUUUGUGCAGUAUGAGAAUAUGUUGAAGGACCUCCGAGGGGAAGUUGUGAAGCUUUGCGCUUUCCUCGAAAAAGAUUUGACAGGUGAAGCCAUCGAUCACGUUGUGAAGAUGUCCUCCUUCAACAGCAUGAAGACCGAUCCCAAAGCCAACUACAAGGAUUUAAUCGAAAAAGGUCGCUACCUGGGGGAAACCAUGCGCAAAGGGGUGGCGGGUGACUGGAAGAAUUACCUCACAGUGGCCCAGAAUGAACGUUUUGACCAAGUCUUCAGAGACAAGAUGAGCAACUCUCCUCUGACCUGCACUUGGGAGAUCGAUCAGUAACCUGUCUCAAAUUCAGCUCAGCCCGUUGCAGGAGAGAGUUCAAUCAUUCCAUUCAGUAAUCCUCUU